CCCUCGGCUGGAGGAGGACGAUGAGGAGCGACGGAAGCGGCGCGGGGGGACGCUUCUCCGCGGCGCCGGGUUCCGAGUCCGCGGCCGACUGCGCAGCCUGCGAGCAGGUCUAACUGUGCAGCUGGCAUGGUUUCUUAACUUUCCAGUGCUUAGCAGAAAAGGAGAUCCAUUGAUGCAGGAGGGCUGAAUCUGCUUUCUCUGUUACUUGAAAUGUGAUUGGAAGCUGUGAAUUCCCCCAGAGGAUACCGUUCUGCCCUUGUGAUGCAGACGUUAGGCGUGACACAUGAAUUUGCUUUCCACUUUUUAGUCUUCCCUUGAACCUGCACAUGGUUUUGUCACUUGUCGGACGCUUACGGAGAGCCACAAUGGAAAAGUCCUGGAUGCUGUGGAACUUUGUUGAAAGAUGGCUAAUAGCUUUGGCUUCAUGGUCUUGGGCUCUCUGCCGUAUUUCUCUUUUACCUUUAAUAGUGACUUUCCAUCUGUAUGGAGGCAUUAUCUUACUUUUGUUAAUAUUCAUAUCAAUAGCAGGUAUUCUCUAUAAAUUCCAGGAUGUAUUGCUUUAUUUCCCAGAACAGCCAUCUUCUUCACGCCUUUAUGUUCCCAUGCCGACUGGUAUUCCACAUGAAAACAUUUUCAUCAGAACCAAAGAUGGAGUGCGUCUAAAUCUUAUUUUGAUAAGAUACACUGGAGACAAUUCGCCCUAUUCCCCAACUAUAAUUUAUUUUCAUGGGAAUGCAGGCAACAUAGGUCACAGGUUACCGAAUGCAUUGCUUAUGUUGGUUAACCUCAAAGUUAAUCUUUUGCUUGUUGAUUAUCGAGGAUAUGGAAAAAGUGAAGGAGAAGCAAGUGAAGAAGGACUCUACCUAGAUUCUGAGGCUGUGCUAGACUACGUGAUGACCAGACCUGACCUUGACAAAACAAAAAUUUUUCUUUUCGGCCGUUCCUUGGGAGGGGCAGUAGCUAUUCAUUUGGCCUCUGAAAAUUCACAUAGGAUUUCAGCCAUUAUGGUGGAGAACACAUUUUUAAGCAUACCGCAUAUGGCCAGCACUUUAUUUUCAUUCUUUCCAAUGCGUUACCUUCCUUUAUGGUGCUACAAAAAUAAAUUUUUGUCCUACAGAAAAAUCUCUCAGUGCAGAAUGCCUUCUCUUUUCAUCUCUGGACUCUCUGACCAAUUAAUCCCACCAGUAAUGAUGAAGCAACUUUAUGAACUUUCCCCAUCUCGGACUAAGAGAUUAGCCAUUUUUCCUGAUGGAACUCAUAAUGAUACAUGGCAAUGCCAGGGUUACUUCACUGCCCUUGAACAGUUCAUCAAAGAAGUAAUAAAGAGUCAUUCUCCUGAAGAAAUGGCAAAAACUUCAUCUAAUGUAACAAUUAUAUAAUGUUUUUUUUUGAUUAAUGCACUGUAUUUUAAUUUGUGCAGAAUGAUAAAGAAUGUUCCUUUCUAGAAGUGUGUUAUAUCUGUACUUGUCUGAAGAGUGACAUUAAACUUUGAAAGGACUUCAGUGCUCCUUUAAAAUGAUCCAAAUAGUUUUUUACAUUUGAAGGACUAUAAUUAUUGGGAUUUCAUACAUUUUCAUCGAACCUUUCAAUAUGGUUAUGUAUCCAUAUCUUUAGUUUAGUAUGCUAUCAUAAUAGCAUAUUCAGAAGUUUCUUGUUGCUGAAGUUGUGUAAUCUACGUGACACUUAGAUUAAUGACUAAGUGUGGAAGGAGACAUGUAAACAAGAAACCUUUGGGUAUUAUUCCUUUAGUAAAUAUUGGGACAAUCAUGGUAAGCAAACUUAGUUCUGUAAUUGCAUUUUUCACCGUAAAAAUGAAAUGCAUGGUGGUAUUUUAUUCCUUGACUUAUGCAAUGCAAUGUUUUUAAUGUAAAUACUGGUCAUAUACCAAUGUAUAUGGUAACCUGGGUUAUAUCUAUUUUUAUGUAAACUCUAUUUUGUUUUUAGCAAGAAAUGAAAUUGAGGCCUAUGUGCAGGUUGCCAUUGAAUUUUGCUCUGGUGAAUGCUGAGAUCCAGCUUUUUCUUACAAAUAAAUGGGACCCCAUUUUCCAAUAUAAACGUACCGUGUUUUGUUAGGUACAGUCUGGAUCAUGGCAUGUAAAAAUAGAAAUUGAGAAUUUUACUGCAGCUUUGAUGUGCAUAUUUGAACUUUUUAACAUUUGUAAUUUUGGUGGCAAAGAGAAUUUUAGCUUCUGUCGAUUUUGUAAGUCUACAGCCGAACCACUAAUAGCAGUCAUAAUGAAGAUUAGAAUCUGUUUAAGAAUUAGGAAGUCUUAUCAUUACAUUAUUGUACAUACUAUUUUACAAGAAUUCCCACAUUUCAUUUUUAAGUCCAAGUAUCUAGGUAUAUCUGUCCCACUAAAGCCAGGAUAUCAUUUAUUGGACUUUCUGAAAAUAAAAGUUACAAAAACAAAAGUAAAUGAAAACUAUAUUCUUUGGUCUGAUGUUUCAGUUAUGAAAUAGAAGAACUGCAUCAAAAGACAGCUUUAGGAAGUCUUAUUUAUUUUCUACAUGUGAGAAUGUGUGGAUAAAGGAACUCUAGAGCUUUUGAUCACAGAACCUGUGACCACAUUUAACAAUUAAAUGGCUGUAAGUGGGAAGUAGUAUUUCGACAUAUAGAAGGUAAGAAAAAUCUUAUUUAAAAAAAGAGCCCCUUAAUCCUUACAGGAUUUACCUUAAGAUAUAUAAGCUAAGUUGUUUCAAGCAGUCCUCAAAAAUUAGAUGUAAUUGAGCUCUGUAUGUUAUGUCAGCUUUAACAUAUGAUAUUCUGAGUAUUUUAGCUAUAUUUAUUGGCUUUGUGCAAGCAGCUAGGGCAGAGAAAUAAUGGGUCAGUAAUCUUGACCUUAAUUGAAGCUCUUUCCAUAGAGAUAGGGCUAGAAAUACUUUUGCCAAAUAACAUUCUUAUCAUUCACUUUAUGUCAGUAUUUAGAAAAAAAUAAAUUAUAGCAAGUAUGAUUUCUAAAGGAUAAUGUUUUCUAUAAAUUGUAAAAACAUCAUGCGUUUUUAAAAAAAGUUGGAAACGCGUAUCAUGGAAGGUGUAUUUUGUAUUUAUAAAUUCACUACACUUAAAGGCUACUUUUCAUCUUGUCAAUCAUAGCUAUGUAGAAUGACUAUCCUAAAUAGUAAUGUAUUAACAAGAACGUUAAUACAACAAAAUGUAGUGUAUUUAGACAUGAGUAUACAUGGCAUACCUUAGACUUGGAUCAUUCUUUAAAGUUUACAAAGUACCUUAUGUUUUCAUGUGAUGAUUUAGUCUAGUACACUAUGGAGGAAUUUAUCAACUUUAGUUAUAAAUAUUAUGCUGAUGAAGUAUAAAAAGCUUUUUCUUCAUCAGUGUUUUGUUUUAUGCUGCUUUUUUUUUUUUUUUUUUUUUUAGUACUCCAGGUUUAUUAACAAUCCCCCCCUCUUCUUUUUGACCCAGGACUUCAGAAGUUGUGGAGUACAUGUGUCCCAUGCCUACCUUCAUUCUCCUCUUUGGGUUGAGGAGCCUUUCUUUCUGCAACAAAAGGAAAAGGUGUCUAGGGUUGUAGCACAUCUUUCCUUCCUAGUUUCCUUCUGUAUUUGAGACUGGUUCCUUAGAUGGGAAGAGAGUAGAAGACAAACUCCUAUUAUCAGGGGUCCAUGAAGCCUGUGGCAUCAUUUUUUUAAAGCAUGUCUAAUAUUGUGGCCAAAGCAAUUGGUCUUAAUAAAACGUGAAUUCUUCAUGAGUCACACCUUCAUUUUGGACUCAUCUCUUAGUGGGAAUAGGUGUGUGUCCAUCUUGUUUAUUAAUUUCUGGCUCAUUGAUGUAAGAGCAGCUGUAGGAGUUUCUGAAUGAGUUUUUAAGUUAUUAAGCUACUGGAAUUUGGAAACUCUAGAGUCAUUUUAAAUAUGGCAAGAAAAAAUCCGUUGAGAUCAAAAUCCAUUAUUUUAAAAGGGAUUAUUGGGGUAAAAUGGCAAAAAAGAUCCUAAAAAAAUAUUACAAAAUACAGGAAAAAAUCAUUUGUAACAGAUAAAAGAAUACUAAUAGGAUAGAAACAACUGGAAAGGGAAAUGUGACAUCGUUCUUAAAUGUAGAUCUAGGAAAUAAUUAGCUGGUGAGGUUGGUGAAAAGGAAGCAUAACAUGUAAAACAGAUCAUUUGAACUCAAGGUGUUUCUAAUGGAGAAGGCAACUGGAGCACCUGAUACUGCAUCUACCCUAUGUUUUUGCAAACACUUUGACUGUAAAAUUGGUGGUUUUGUUAAAAUGGUGUUCUGAAAUUUGUUAUGGGGCAGCUUAAAUUUAUCUUUUCAUGACUGUAGACGGUUGAGAAUAACCCAAAUUCUACCUUUGGUAAUGUGUCACCAGAUUAAUGAUACCGUAAUAUUUAUUGAGAAUCAUACCACCUGAUGCUUUCAUACUCAUUUCUUUUGUUUAUAAGAUUUGGUUUGAGGUGGGUAUGGGCUUGUUUGGUGGAAUUAAAGAAUGAAGGCCAUACUCAAUUUUAUAUAAACUAUCAUGCAAGCCCAGCCAAAGUGUAGUUUUUGACUGAGUCCUGUCCUUGAGGUUAGGAAUAAAUAAGGUAAACCUUAAAAGAGGGUGUCGCAGAAGUCACUUUUUAAAUUAGACUAUGAUUGAGAUAUACUGAAAACCUCCACUGACCUCUCCCCUCUCUGUUUUUCUUAUUAUGUUUGACAGCAAUUAUGGAGAAAGAAAUGUGAAAAGAAUUAGUCAUAAUGCUUUUGGAUUAUCCUUAAAUUUAUGUAUUUUCAUAUCACUCAGGUAAAGUUGGGAAAUGACAGAGCACAGACAUAUUUUUAAAAUCGGAGUAGAAAAUAAAAAGCACUUCUGUUGACUUAUAUUGCCAUAUGCACACAUCAUCUCAGCUAAUCAGAAAUAGUAUAUUCAUUUGUAUGACAAAAUAAAUGCAUUCAUCCUAAUAGUAGUCAACACAUUUUGCCAGAUGGUGCAAAUAUACCUCCAUUUAUAUUUUGUAUCUUAAAAAUGUAGUUUAACAAUAGGACUGUGUGUAAGAGACACUUUUUUUACGAAAAGUGUCAUAUAUACAUAUGUAACAGGGAUGAGUGUGUGUUGUUUAACAUCAUUUAUAACAGAAUUUCUGUCAGUACUCCAUAUACUGAAAAUUCAAGUUGUUUUCAACUUCUUCAAAUACGUUCAGGAUAAAAUAAGUUAAUCCAAUUUCAUAAUGUAAAUCAUAUUUUUGUUAUUUGCCAUAUUUUAUUUGAAGCAGUGAUAAAAUUUUAUAACUCAAAUCUGAAUGUUAUAGUACAUUAUGUGCUAAUCAUGGCAAAAGCAAACAUUUACAUUUGUGUUUUUACAAUAAAUUUCUUUUAAAAUACACUUUCUAUUUUUCUGUACUGACAUAUGCAAUAAAUUGAUACAUUAAAAGUUUGAUUAAUGUC